GGGGGGAAGGCCCGGAUGCGGAACUUCGCUUUAGUUCCGGUCUGUGCGUUGAGGGAGCCGCUGUGGGUUGGAGAGCGCCGAGCAGGGGCCGCAGCCAUGCCUCGCAAAAUUGAGGAGAUCAAAGACUUUCUGCUGACAGCCAGGAGGAAGGACGCCAAGUCUGUCAAGAUCAAGAAGAACAAAGACAACGUGAAGUUCAAGGUUCGCUGCAGCCGGUACCUGUACACCCUGGUGAUCACAGACAAGGAAAAGGCAGAAAAGCUGAAGCAAUCCCUGCCUCCAGGUUUGGCCGUGAAGGAGCUGAAAUGAGCCAGAGGAUUUCCCCGACUUUGUUACAAUAACUAAUAAACUGGAGUUGUCCCUCUCCA